AUCCAUUAUUAUUACAUCAUUUGAAGAAGAAGAUGAGUUGUUAAUGAAUUAAAAGCCUUGUUCACAUGAUCAACAAUGCCAAGCAAACUUCAAAGGGCAAUUGGGGCAGUGAAGGAUCAAACCAGCAUCAGCCUUGCAAAGGUCGUCUCGUCCACCAACACCUCCUCGAAUCUCGAAGUCGCUGUCCUAAAAGCCACCACACACGACGAUGUCCCCAUUGACCAAAAAUACGUAAACGAGGUCCUUAAACUCGUAUCCUCCAACAAAUUCCACGCAGCUUCGUGCGCACGUGCAAUCGGCAAACGGAUCGGCCGCACCCGGAAUUGGAUCGUCGCCCUAAAAUCUUUGAUGCUCGUCCUAAGAAUAUUCCAGGAUGGAGAUCCUUAUUUCCCUCGAGAAGUUCUGCACGCGAUGAAAAGGGGUGCCAAGAUUCUCAACCUCUCGAGCUUUAGAGACGAUUCGAAUUCGAGCCCUUGGGAUUUCACAUCUUUUGUCCGGACAUUCGCUCUUUACCUAGACGAGCGUUUGGAGUGCUUUCUUACGGGGAAGCUGCAGAGGAGAUACAAACAUUACGAGGCGAAGGAGAGUUGGGCCAAUAUUCAUCGGACGAAGAGCUGGACUAGUGACAGAAGGCCCAACGAGCCCGUUCGAGAGAUGAAACCUGCAAUGUUGCUUGACAAGAUUUCUUAUUGGCAGAGGUUGCUCGAUCGAGCCAUUGCCACACGGCCCACCGGUGCGGCCAAGGUGAGCCGUUUAGUGCACACCUCUCUUUAUGCGAUUGUUGAGGAGAGUUUUGAGCUGUACAAAGAUAUCUCCGACGGGCUGACACUUGUUCUCGAUAGUUUCUUCCAUUUGCAGUUUCAGAACUGUAUAAGCGCUUUCCAAGCAUGCGCUAAGGCGGCGAAACAGUUCAAAGAGCUGAGUGAUUUCUAUUCUUUGUGUAAAAGUAUAGGUGUUGGUAGGAGUUCCGAGUAUCCGAGUGUUCAGACGAUAUCGGAGGAGUUGAUCGAGGCAUUGCAAGAAUUCUUAAAGGAUCAAUCUUCGUUUCCAUCGAAUGCGAAGCCGCCGACAAAAAAAAGGUUUCCGAUUCCUCCGGCAACGCCGUCGGCCAGGUUAGGGCGGCAUAGGCAGAGGCAGGAUAGUAGUGGUGGAGAGCAGUCUGACGAUGUUCUUCUGUCGGACAAAAAGACAAACAGUUUGCAGGCAGAAAAAACACCUGAAAUGGGAUCAAGGUGCACCUCUUUGGAAGACCUGAUCAAUGCCACCGAAACUGAAACAGGGACAUGCCCUGCUAUCUCCAUCGAUCUCGAGACGUAUCCUGCAACGCAGCAAGACGACGUCUUCGCGAGAAGCGAAACGGGCUCGACGAGGUCGUUGCCCGUGUCGAAUUCCAUGGCGGAUCUUAUGUCGUUGUGGGAUUGGUCCGAACCUGAACAAGGCGACGACGAAAGAGAGCAACACGACGAAGGGAUGAUUGUCGUGGGUUCAUCGUCUUCAUCAGCUUCAAUUAAUUGGGAGGCUGUACUUGCUGAAACCCUAACAUCAUCACCACCACCCAAUGUAUGUCCACAGCAGGUGACCGCGGUGGUGGAGGAGAAGAAUCACACAACCGCCGCUGCCGCCGGCUGGGAUCUUGUGCUGUUUGAUGCAGCGCCGCAGCAGCAAAACAAUCAAAAUUACAACCCAUUUCUACAGGAUUCGAUUGAAGUAUCUUCGACUUCUUCUGCUGUGUCGUCGAUGCCUACGUUUCAAGCAAUACCGAUGAAUCAGAUGACGUCAUCAUCAUCAACAUAUGAUCCUUUCGGCGAGGCUCCAUUUUCAGCAGGUGAGCAACAACAGAAUUUGGUGCAUCAACAACAGCUGUGGUUAGCUAACCAAAAUAAAAUUAUAGCCAAACAUAUGUAUUAAUUAGAUAGAGACUAUUCAA